GUUUGGGAGUCCUUUCCUUUUUGGGAAACUUUUUGCUCAAUAUACUCCAGUCUAUUAUAAAAAACACCAAGGAUAAAGCCUGAGGCGAUCGUGGUAUACUUUUGUUUAUAACAACCUUUUGUACUCGGUCGACCGGUUGGGUUAUCGUUAAACUCCCGAAAUUCCUACAUUGUCUUUAAGUUAUAUAUGUCCGUCAAAAACCUUUCUUCAAAAUUCUCAAAACUUGCAAGAAACGCCUCCAUAAAGUCAUUUGUGACCUCUUCCCGAGUUAAAACUAUAUUUUUCGACAUUUUGUAUUAUAGUUUUAUGGUAUUUUUUAAAAAAAUAUUGCUUUAUUUUUUGUUGGACCAAAAAUUACGGGAGAGAGUUUUUCUCUCAUUUUCAUGCCGACCUUAAUUUAUAUAUUUUUCAACCACAAUUUUCAUUUUAUUUAUAUUAUUAAAAUUAUAAAGUUUUCAGAGCAACUCUAUUAAAUGUAUUCAAUAACAUAUCAAUAAAUAAGGUAGGAUGUUAUAGAUAUAUAAUCCUUCUAAUUAUUUACAUUA